AUGGCCCGAGGCGUAGGCGACGCCGAUGAAGGGGAGUUUGAUCACUCCCAGAACGACGAGCUGCGGAUGUGCGGGUUAGCCGGGGAUGAUGAGGAGGACGAUGUCCGCGAGGACUGCGCCGAGAUAUUUGGGCGGUCUGCUGCUGAUCCCCUUCCCUGUGACCAAGAUGCGGUCCCGGUCCACGGGGAAGGGGCCGAUCCCGAUGCCAACGGUGGCGACAGUGAGGUGGCAGGCUCCAAUCGGCCUUCUACCUCUGCUGUCUGGGAUAAUUUCUGA